AUAUGUCCCAUUACAACAUUGUGCUGUAUCCACUGAUAACUUCUCAACUGAACUUUACUGAAGCUUGAAGAGGACGUAACUAACACUCGGCGCUAUGUCUUGCCAUUGGAAAAGUGGAUCUGUUAGAUCAUCAGCAUGUGGCAGUGUUUCGGGCAGUAGAGUGAGUAGCCUGACGGCAGAAUGGGUCAAGGGAUCAGAACAUCAUUCCUCCCUAAAUUUCCAUUCAAAUGAUGGCCUCCUACAAGGUGGUGGGGAAAAGGAGGCCAUGCAGAACCUGAACAUCCGUUUGGCCUCUUACCUGGACAAAGUGCGAGCACUGGAGGAAUCCAACGCUGAUCUGGAAUUAAAGAUCAAGGAAUGGUACAUUAAACACCAGCCACAUACUGUACCAGCCGAUUACAGCAAGUACUUCCGCAUCAUUGAAGAACUCAAAUGCAGGGUAAGUAAACUGAUCUCAUGAUGAUACUUUGCUCAGCACUGUGCAACACUGACCAAAGAAAUGGAAUAUAUAUGGAUUCAUGUAACUAAUGUUAACGGACAAAUGCUUUCAAGUCUACAAAUAUUUUGUCACAGCAGUCAAUAAUGCAGGACAAUAUUGUCCUCUCUGUCCCUCACUUAGGCCUUAAUCUGCACUUUUGGGUUAACUUCUUAUCUGGUUGACGAUAAUGAUCAUGAAAAUUGACUUUAUCUUUAUAGAAGCCAGGGCAUCUCUCGAGAAAACUUUUGGUAUUGUGUGCCUUGUGUUUAUGUUUGUGUCAUUUUACACAAAUUUUAGCUGGUGAUUUAAAAAAAAAAAAAAAAAAGUUUAGAUAUAUGUUUAGUUUGAUGAAUAAAAAUAAAUGCCCUUUAUAAUUAAGUAUGCAAUAAAAUGAAGAAUUUACAUAAUAUUAACAUAAAUUAAAAAACAUUAUUAAUUAAUCCAUUCAUUGCAUCAACACCUUAGCAAGAUGCCCAUGUUUGUGUCCAAAACAUUGGGGUUAUGUAUAAAAAGUGCUGUGUUGUGAAAAGUGGUCCAAAGUGAAGUUGGCCAGUCACCAUGGAAACCAGUGGAAUCGGCAGGCACAUUGCAAUAGUGACUCUGACCCUUUUCCAUGUUAGCAACACUUUUUAGAAGAGACGAGGUAUAUACAUACGGACUUUAAUGCCCAACCACACUGUUACAAAGAUACGGGCAUUGUACUAGUACUAAAUAUUGAGUUAUGGCUGCUUUGCUAACUGUGUAAAAGUUCUAAAACAAGAAUUGUAAUAGAAAAUAGGAAGUAUACAGAAAUUAUAAUAAUUAAAUUCUUUAACAUGGAAAAUAUGUAAAAAGAAUUUAAAGAAAAAGUAAAAUUAGAUAUUAGGAAUUGUGUUUUUUUAACAAAUAUAGAAAAGGUCAAAAGAGAAAGGAGACAGUUAAGUUUAAUUUGUUAAAAAUUGUCAUGUUAUAAAUUGCAUAUAUUGAGGUUUAGAUAUGUAAAAUGUACACACGAUAGCGUAAUAAUUUGCAAGGAUUUAAUUCUUUGGCAAUUUUUGUGUUUCCUUUUUGUUUCAGUAUUAUACUGUAAUAUACUGUAUUUUCAAACUCAUUGAUAUGAUUCUUGAAAGAGUCUGGAACACCGUGUUUCUGCAUAGCAGAGCAAAAUGAAUUGGUUGUUCAGACAUCCGCAAAUGUAGACGAUAACCACAGACAAGCUGAAUUACUGACACAUCUGAGCCAAACAUAGAUAUCACUAAACCACAGCUUCUUAACAUUAUAAUUAAUCAUUGAGCAAAGAGAAUAGAUCGCAUUGUCGUGCAAAAUGUAUUUUCUUGUAUGUCUUUAUCGAAAGAAUAUAAUAAUACAUCAUUCUGUGCAAAGUAAGGUUUACAUUAAUUAUCUCUGAAAGUAAAUUGAAUUAACAAUAUAUUCAGAAACAUCAGUAUAUAUUGGAGUUAUAUAAAAGAACAGAAGGGAUAAGGAUUAAGAAGAAUUGGCAGUUGAUUAAAGAGUCAGGAAUUAAAAUAAUUCUCAGAAAAUACUAAAAUACUAUGUCUUAGCCUUAUAGGACAACAAAGUUGGAAUGAUCUCUUAGCUGCAGAACCCAUACACUUAAAAGGACACAUUAUUGCCCAAACAAUAAAAAUCACUGUUUUUUUGUAGGUAUAGCCCCUAUGAAAACAUGCAUGCAUUUUUUUUUAAAUUUGGGGUUAUAUCUAAAUACUGUGGGGAUAUUUAUGGGAUGAUAAUAUUAAACAGUCGAGAAUUGCCCACUAUUUCAAUUCUCUUAGAUCUUAGAGAUCGUUUAUCAUGUAAGUGAUACAAAUAAAAUCACCAUUUGUUUUAAAAAUAGAUUUAAUUUAUUGUAACAAAUUAAAUAACAAUAAUAUUAGGCAGCAUGCAUGAUAAUAAUCAGUGAAUAUUUAGUAUAACAUAAGUAUGCAAUACAAUGGAAUGGCUAUACAUGUUCCAAUGGCUAACAGCAUCACCUGUCACUUAAUAAGAUUUAUGAGGGUACUUUACAGACAAAAGUAAAGCUUCACACAGUGAAAAGCCAUAAAACCUUGGCUAACAGUUAGAUCAACUGAGUAACCCUUUCAAUGCUGGCUAGAUCCUCCUAGGCAUAUAGUAUCCUAUUCUCCUGUGAUUUUCAAUUAAAAUAACAUUUGAACCAACUCAUUAGUCAUUUCCUGGAACCAUCUAAUAAGAAUAAUCUACCAGAUUUUUACAAAAGCCGAAUUUUAGUUUGCCUAAAAAGAUAUCUUAUCUUAUUUUAGAGCAAAUCAAUACACCUGGAUAAAAACAGCAGUAUGCUAACACGUGAUACUAUCACAUUAAUAUAUAAUUAUUCUUAAUUCCACCUGCAGAAUGGAAUGUUUAUAACUAUAUAUUCUUUAGUUAACUAAGAUUUCUAAAUAUUGAAACCUGACCGUGAUUUAUCCAGUCAUAUAUCAUGCUUUAGUAAAUUUUAAUUAAUUUAAAUUAAUUAAAUAAAACCAGCAUAAUUACCAGUUAUGUAGAUAUUCUCAUCAGAUGAGCAGGUAGUCCCAGGAACUUGAUUGGUUGUAUGGAGGUGCGUGAUUGAUAGAGAAAAGUGGUGUUGGUUAGAAAGUAUCAGUAAAUUUUAAGUGUCAAGGAGUUUAAGAGUUGAGUGUCCAAGAGAGUUUGAGGGUUAAUUGCUGGAGUCUCCUGGAUCUCUCUGCAUGUCCGAAUCUGAACCAACUAACCUCUCUCUCCCCUUUGUCCUAACUUUUAAAGGGCCAGACUCUCUGUACGUCAUUACUUGAUAAAGCCAAUAGGAAAUUGUAGGUGGGUUCAAUCUAUGGAUCGCAAUUUAGGUAUUUGAUCCAUAGAGGGCAGUCUCGUCUCACUAAACCUUCCUAUCCAGGAAGAGUUAACUUUUCCUGAUGAUUUGGCUUAUCUAAAAUGACUACCAUAACUUAGAUUUGCUGUCAGUUCAAAGCGUUUGUCUCAGUCUUUGUGGCAACUACUUUGAUCGUAAUUUCUAAAAUUGACAGUUCUAAACUCAAUUUCACCCCUUACUUACAAUGGAACCUUGUAAAAUUUUGUAAGUAAAAUUAAUUACCUAGUCUUCUCUGUCACUAGUGUCUGUGUUUAUAUAAUGCAUUCCUUAGCUCAGGCUUAGUGGUUAGUGAAAGCAAGGAACUUAUGUGUCUUUGUUAUCCUGAAGAUAGCAAAAUGGAGUCCACUCUGUUCUGAGUGACUCUGGCAAUAUACACUUUUAAUUUCUUUCUUAGCACAAAAUGUCUGCCGAUAUAAAUAUCCUGACAAUACAGCUUGCAAAAGCUGCAGAUCUCUUGUAAGGAAGUAACAGGAUUGGUUGUUUGAUUGGCAGCCUGGGGGGUGUAACAAUGUUAAUUCAUAAAAGUGCCAAUUGAAAUCUGCGUUUUUUGUAAAAUGAAAAAAAGAGAACACACAGAAAGAAUUUCAGCAUCUGCAUCUGGACUGAGCCGUUAAUCAAAGGAACCGUUUGGUCCCUGAAAUGUGAUGUGGCUCAGAAGAAGGCAAUAGGAUUUUAUCUAGAGAAUAAAUAUUUCCUCACAUAAGUAAAACAUUCUGUGUAAUUGCAUAAUAUUUCUUUGAGUUAUUUUCAUAAAAACAUAUAAGCUUUCCAAAGGAUUCAGAGUUAGAAAAAAACUUGCAUAAAAAUUCCCAUAGACUUUAAUGGUGACAUAUUGAUAAAUCAUUUGAAAAUAGUUUUCUCACAGUAUUGAAUAAGUUGGAAAGCUUACUGAAUUGAGGCGAAAGUCUGCUACAAAAGAGAUGUCACAAUGUUAACUUUGUACGUCUAAAACAAUUCUCACAAUAAUAAAAUGUUGGACCUUUGAUAUUUUUCAGAUUCUUGCAGAGACCACUGAAAAUUCAAGAAUUGUACUACAGAUUGAUAAUGCCAAACUGGCAGCUGAGGACUUCAGAGUUAAGUAAGUGAAGUAAAGAGAGAACAAAAAAAGCUGUAUUCAAUAAACACCCAAUUGUACAAUUUUAUGUUAUUGUAUUUUUUUUUUUAUUAUUAUUAUUGUUUUUGGUGUAGUGAACAAUUAUGGAGUGACAUGGGUUGUAAAUGUUCAUUAAAUCAAUUUAUUUAUGUUCUAGGUAUGAGAGUGAAUUGUGCCUUCACCACGGUGUUGAAUCAGACAUUGCUGGUCUACGUAGAGUAUUGGACGAACUGAACUUCGCUAAAUCCAAUCUGGUGCCUCAGCUCGAAAGCUUGAAGGAAGAGCUGGAAUGCCUGAAGAAGAAUCACGAAGAGGUGAUCAUCUAAGGAUUGUGUAUUUUCAGUGACAAUUAAGAUGAAGCAACCUUUAAAUGUAACAAGAAACCAUCACACAGUGUUUAUGUAUUGCCCAUGUUGUAAAUGUAAUCAAUAUCUAAAACAUAGGUUUUCUUCUACAACAGAGCAAUCUGUAAAAUGUGUAGAUUGUCUUGAAAACGUCCACAUUUUAUUAGGACAGUGGCCACAAUGUCAAUCUAUCUUAACUAUAUUUGAAUGUUGUGCAUAUGAUCAGCUUUCAGUGUUAUAGUUAUUUUAGCCACACCAUCCAAUUUCGUGUUUCAGUAACCAACUUAAUGGACAUGUUAUUUGUUUUUAUGACUUCUUCCCAGGAAAUGAAGGCUUUGAGAGGGCAAAAGGGAGACAUUAAUGUUGAAAUGGAUGCUGCUCCUGGAAUCGAUCUAAGCAAACUCCUGAAUGACAUGAGAACACAGUAUGAAGUGAUUGCAGAGCAGAACAGACAGAAGGCUGAAGAGUGGUUCCAUGAAAAGGUAAGUAGAUUGUGACCUCUUUCAAUAUUUUUUAAUUUAUAUUUUUGCUCUGUAUAAUGGUACAAACUGACUUGUCACGCCCCAACAGUAAGUUACGAGCCAUUUAAGAGUCAGAGGUUAAAUGUUGUAAGGCAUUUAAAGAGGCAUGCACAUAUUUUAUGUUUAUAAAAAUAAAAGAUAUAGUGGGAGAAUAACAAGUUUAUGUUAAGAAAUAAUCAGGCCUGCCUGAAUGUGGGACAAGGUAUUUGCUUCAAAAACAGAAAAAACUGCUGGCAGGCUCAUAGAUUACCAUAAAGCAAUAGGGUAGGAGUAAAAACAGGCUAGUAGCUUGAGAGUAACAUUUCACCCCCUGUGAAGUUGCAGGCUGGCCCCAAAUGCAAGGACCGGGCUUACCCCCACCGGUCCAAAGGGGGGGAAACGAGGCCAGUACCAUGUAGAGCCAGAGAUUUUUAUUCGCAGUGCAGGAUUGGAUAAUGGGGCAGCGGCCAUUCACCCCACCACCUAAGUAGGCCUCAGCUACUGCGGUGUCAAUGCACCUUCCAAGGGGCCAGAUUAUGCAGGGAAGCUGUAGCUUCAGUACCCGGACCUCUGAGCACACAGGACCGCAGACAAUCAGUAAGCUUGAUUAUGUAAUCGUAAUUAUCUGGAAACCGCAGGAGCUGAUGAUCCAUGCGACCUUCCAGCAUGGUGGUCCGGCCCCGCUCCCCCUCUUUCAAUAUUUUUGACUAUACCUCAAAGCAAAGGAGUGUGAUUACUUGGGUUGUUUAAACAUUAGGCUUCUAUGACUUGAUACUAAAACUCCUUACUACCUAUUUUUUAUUAUGUCUGCAGAGUUCCGAGCUGAACAAGGAGAUCACUCAUAGUAGUGAAAUGGUGGAAUGUCAUAAGACACAGCUGACCGAAUUGAGACGAACCGUUCAAGAACUGGAAAUUGAACUUCAGGCACAACUUGCAAUGGUGAUUUACCUUUCUUCACCUGUAAUAUAAAAAUACUGUGUUAUGUACGUGAUGUAAUUAUAGUGCACUGACCUCAUAAUAGUAUCCAGCUAUCUUUACCCAAAAAUAUUUUAACAAAAAAUAUUACUAUCCAGUAAAACUAAUACUAUCCAGUAAAACUAAUAAAAUAAUUUACUUGUUUCUAACAGAAAAAAUCCCUUGAGUGCUCCCUGGCAGAAACAGAACGUUGUUAUAGUACGCAACUGGCACAACUUCAGGGUUACGUAGGAAAUGUGGAAGAGCAACUAAGUCAAAUCCGUGCUGACUUAGAACGCCAGAACACAGAAUACAAAGUCCUCCUAGACAUCAAGACACGUCUGGAAAUGGAGAUUGAGACAUACCGUAGACUUCUUGAUGGAGAAGCGUAAGUAUGAGAAGCUAGAAUUAUAUUGUUUUAGUGCAUUAGAAUUGUAAUUUCUAUGUUUCCUCAACCUUUAGAAAAAAGGUUUCCUGUAGAUAUAAGUUCAAUCAAAAUCAAUCUAUAUAAAACCUCAGCAGGAUCCAUUACUAGAAGAAUGUGUUCACUGGUGGUGGAGGUGUAACGCAGUGAGUAAUGAAUUCAUCAGUGUAGUUUUAGUAAAAAUGAGCAGAUGAAUAAAUGGUACUACUGGAAAAGACUCACUUGUAUUGCAGGUAGUUAUUAUUAAUUAACAUUAAUUGGAACCCUUCAGUGUUUCGGUGGUUGUUUGACCAUGCAUAAAUGUGUGAUGAUGUUUUUGAAGUAAAAACGUGAAAGGAGAAGAUGGUGGGGAGAAAUUGGUGAAUCAAUGAUCACCCAUUUGGAAAUGAGGAAACAAGAUAAAUACAGUAGUUAAUAUCAUUUUUGCCAAAUUACAUAGCUAUCUAGUAUAAACUAGACACUUAUCCUAACCAGUCAGUCAGUGCAUUGAAACUAUUUGUUGAUGCACCUAGCAAAUUUUAAGAACACUCAAUCAACAUGUUAUAUGUCAAAAUUGCAAAUAACAAAGUCUUUUUGUGUGACUGUGGUUUUUUUCGUUUUUUUUUGUAGAUGUCAACAUAGAGAGAUUCCAGCCCAUGUGAAAGGUUUGUUCCCUUUUUUUGGACAUUGCUUCAAAAAUGAUUCUUUAAAAAAAAUCUAAAAUGGAAAUAUGUCCAACCACAACAGAUAUAGAAAAUGCUAGAGUUUUUUAACACGUAACACCCAUUUAAGCGAUAACUCUUUCCAUCCCUACUUUAGCAAUAUUCUACAGAAAAACAAAAGAUAUUUUAAUGAAAUAUCAGAUUACUGCUAAGCUGGGUGCAUUAACUGUCUUGGCUCUAAAUUUUACUUGACAUAAAUUGGCAUCUCUGUGCGUAGCAUACUGUAGGGUAUUAGUACAUUCCCACUCAAGGUUAUAUCAGAAUGAAAUACAAUUCACUUGAAAGAGAGGUUCCAGAAAAACCUGAGGCUUGAUCCCAAAGUUAAACCUCUACCUUAACAGUGAUGUGGGGAAAUGUCAUGACAUACCCCAGCCUUUGGAUAUUAUAUUUCAUUCCUCUCUACCCAUGAACAGAGUUUUGAUUAUGCUAUAUAGGAUAUCUAUGAAAGCACCUGCUGAACAACCAAAUAUUCAAUGUGAUCCCAUCACUCUACCUAAUGAAUAGAGGGUUAGGCAGUAAAGUUCUGUUCCCCAAAACACUCAACCAACAGUCACUCUUGGGCACCAUCCUGUAAGUGGCCUUGAGGAGCACUGUACUAGUGAGUUUACUUUGUAUAUCAGGCAACUGCAUUUAAAAACAGCUGUCUAAUCUAAAUAUAAAUUAAAAAAAAACACUAGUGUCCUUUUGCCCCCUUUACUAUCUGUAGAGAUCUGAAGCUAAAGAGUCGCACAUCAGGGGAUUCAGUCCUCAAAGCCCCCCAUUAGUAACGCAUAUGAGACAUGGUCCUUGUAUUUAACGAUGCACAACAUGCUUUAGAAAUUAAUGUUGCCUUCUUCCAUCAAAUGAAUAUAGAAUAAUAUAGCACUAUAAAGCAUAGUAAUGCAUAGCAUAGUAUUAGCAUAGUAUAUUAUAGUGUUUGUGUUGUGGCUUUUUUUUUAAUUUUAAAUCUCACUAUUCUUUGUUUUCUUCAUAUUUCCCCUUGACGCGUGUCUUUAAUUUCCAGAGUCAAGCAAGACCAGGAAAGUCACAACAAUUGUUGAAGAAGUGGUCAACGGAAAAAUCGUGUCACAGAAAGUGAAUGCAACCGAAGAGAAGCUAAAACAUUAGAAACAAACGUCAACACAUGUAAAAUAAUGUUAUUAAUACGUUGCUGUAUAUGUAAGAAUGCAAAAUAUGCAGCAAUUAUUUGCCACAAAGUUGCUUAACGCAACAGGGAAAUGGGUGCAUCUAUCUGCUUUCAAUCUCAAAUAAACUUUAUCAAGCAAGUAACCUGUUUUGUCUUUGUCCAUUUAUUUG